AUCCACUGGGCUCUCUACGACCUCCAAAACUGAAUCGCAUCGGAGCACACGACAACUCCAUUGUCGUCGUUUCGAAGGUUUCAUCGUCUUGUUCAAGGUCGUUAGACUUCCGAUACUUUCCCGAAAUUCAGCUCUGCUUUUUCUGGGUUUUCUGUUUGAUUCGUGGGAAAAUGUGCGAAAUAGCAUUCAAGAUAAAGAUAAAAACUUUUUGACUGAGAAAGUUUUGUUCUUUAUGUCAAAAAGUAAUUGCACCAGUUGUGGCUCAAAUUUUCCCCAAUUUUUGGGAUCAUAUUGGGCUUUCAACUUUUAUGUUCACUAGCAGACUUGAUCUCUGAUAUGAUAAUGUUCUGUUUCCAAUUUUGAUGUCAGUGAGGAAAAUUUAUUUUUGCUGCCCCUGAAUUUUUGUCCAAAGGAAUUAUUUUUCUUCACUAGCAAAGUGCAAAUUAUGUUGACAAGGAGAAGAAAAUGAAAACCUGGUCUAAGAAGGAAACUUAUAGAAAAACAAAAAAAUUGCAAUUCAGAUCUGCUUGAACAGUUCAAGAAAUGCUUUCUUUAGGAACAAUUUAGAGCUAAAAGGGAGAGUAAUCACAUUGACAAAAUUUAGUGACUUUUAUCAAUAUUCUUAACUAUCCGGUCUUGUUGGUAAAAACACACUGAUACUUUUUUGAGUGGUUGCAUCUGUGUGUUUCAAUGCGGCCUAACUCAUGCAUUCAGAAUGCAAGGCAAUAAGCUGCUCAAAUGGCGUCUAACGUAGAUCCUGGUCCAGUUGAUAAGUCUGUACUUUAUGAUCAAGAUAGCCAUGUCUCUUCAGCAGUUUGGGAUGGACAGGAGCGAGGUGUGCUUAGAUGUCAUGAACACACAUCGAUGCUUGAGCAGUGGAAGCUCACACCUAAACAAGUUGAGUUGGUUGAGAAGGCUGGUUUUGGAUACUUCAGAUUGAUUCCCACAAUUUAUCUAGACAAUUCACUCAUAUCAGCACUAGUUGAAAGGUGGAGGAGAGAAACAAAUACUUUCCACUUGCCCGUUGGAGAAAUGACAAUAACCCUUGAAGAUGUUGGACUCUUACUUGGGCUACCAAUUGAUGGAAAACCUGUUAUAGGUGUGACAUCAAAGACACCAAGCUCAGUUUGUGAAAACCUAUUAGGGAAAGUACCAGAGGACCUAAAUGGUGGAAUGUUGAAGCUAACUUGGUUGAAAGAGUGCUUUUCUAAAUGUCCUGAAGAUGCACCGAUUGAAAAACUUGAGCGCCAUACCCGUGCUUACCUCCUAUAUCUUGUAGGCAGUACAAUAUUUUCUACAACAACUGGGAACAAAGUAUCUGUCAUGUAUCUUCCAUUGUUUGAAAAUUUCGAUGAAGCUGGAAAAUUUGCAUGGGGAGCUGCUGCAUUGGCAUUUCUCUACAGAGCUCUUGGUAACGCCUCCCUCAAAUCUCAAAGCACUAUUAGUGGCUCUUUGACAUUAUUGCAGUGUUGGAGUUAUUAUCGCCUGAAGGUUGGCCAACCAAAGAUGAAUCAAGAGCCGAACCACGGUUCAUUUCCCUAUGCACUCAGGUGGAAAGGAAGACAAAGUGGAUCGAGAUCAAACUCUAAUAUAGUGUCCUACCGCAAGGCAUUAGAUUCCCUUAAACCUUGUGAUGUUCAAUGGCUUCCAUAUACAGAUUUAGACUGUACAGUUAUACCGGAAGAUAUAAAGAAUCAUUUAAAUUUGCGGACAUCAAAGACUAUGUUAGUAUGCUUUGACAAGGCAGAAAGACACCUGCCAGACCGUUGCCUAAGGCAGUUUGGCAUGCCCCAACCUAUCCCAAAGGAUGUCCAGCGAUGGGAAAGAAAGAUUCGUGCACUUGAUCAAGGGGUAGACUUGACGAAGGAUGUGCAAUCAGAAGCCAAAGGGAAAGUGCAGUCAGAGCUUAGGGAGUGGUUGGAGCGUGAGCUUUAUAUCAUGGUAGGUGAAGAUGGUGUUGAUGAAAGCAAUUACAUGGAAUGGUAUGGGAGAAUUACGCGCAAAUUUGUGGGAAGACCUGAAUCAUUGGAGUCUGAGUUUCAGAGGACGGUUGCUGCUAUGAGAGAAAUUGCAAACAUAGCAGAUUCAUUUUCAACUGAUAGGAUGGAUUGUCGAGAUAAGAAGUUACUUGACGAAGUGAAGAAUGCAGUGAAUGAAUGUUUAAUGGAUGUAGUUGGAGAAGCACGAAAGAUUAGAAGAAAAGGUUCUUCAAAACGGAAAAGGCUAGAUGACUUGAGUAACACGGAUGACUUAAAUGUAAUGCAGUGAUGAUAGUGAGGCAGGUCAGGUCCAUUCUCAUGAUAUUAUGCACUUCUUAUUCUUUGUAGCAAAUGUGUAAGUUGUAAAGAAGUGCUGUCGCUAAUUGAAGACAUUAAUGACAAAAGACUUUUGUCAUAUUCUAGGUUGCAACACAAGCUUUUGAUCAUAUAAAUAACCACCAAAAAAAAAAAAGUUUCAAAAGCAAUGCAAUUGCUCAAAUUAGGAUUUUUAUCAGUCGGUAUCAAAAACUGUUAAUUCUGUUUAGGGGGCACGUUGAUGAGAAAGUCCAAAAUUUAACUGAGUCCAAAAUUUAACUGCUUAAGCUGACAUUGAAGGUAAAGAGAAAAUAGAGGCAGUGUAGCCAAAAAAAGGGAAAUGGGAAAAAAAUAAGAAGACCAGGCAAGCUGUGAGAAUGGCUGCAAUGUUGUAGUUUUCUUUUAUGGUAAUUAAUAUAAAAUUUUACCGACAAAACAGCUGCGGAAGAUUGCGUACGCGACAAUCUGUUACUUUUUGAUUUAAGCCAGCAUCGAAGAUGGGUCAAAAAGCAUAUCACAAUCACUUGGGAUGACAAUAGAUUUUAAUUGUUUAACAAAAUUUGAUUAUUUAUACAGCUUCGAAUGUUAUUUUUUAACAGAUAAAUAAUUCAAGAUGUCUAACGCAAUCUAUCCGGUCAGCAUUGUAAAAAUCUUUCUAAAAAACCAGACUUUGUUGGAAUUGAUGACAGUCUUUCUAUUGCCUGGUAAUUUGCAUUCUAAUCACAUGAACCAAAAAUUUUCUAUACAAACAAAUCUUACUUCGUCGUAUUUUUUUUUUAUUUUUUUUAAAA